GAAAAAGUAUUUACAUUUUGAAUGAGUUUUAUUGCAUUAAAUGAACAUGUUGAAGAUAAAAAUCAAAAUAAUUUUUGAAUGCAUAAUUAUUUUAUUAAAAAUCAGUUUUUAUUUAUCCCGUCGUACAGUUAUUGAAAGUAGAUCAAGUGUUGUAUACGAUUCCUAUGGAGAUGAUUCUUCUAAUUCUACUGAUGAUUACAAUAAUGCAACAUUUCCUCAAGAAUUUGAUGCAUUUUCUGGAAAGUCAUACUUCUCAUACGAAGAUACAAAAGAUCCACUCAACGAAGCAAAUGUAACGAAUGACUAUUAUUUUGAUAAUAAAAGUCGUGAAAUAUAUUCAGAUGAUAAUGGAUGGUAUAAUUAUGAUUUUAAUGAUGAAUCUAAUGUGAGUGAUGGAAAUGAUAUAUUUGGUGAAAAAAAUGAAAACGAUAGAUAUUAUGACAGUGAUUAUUAUUCAGGGAGGGAUCGGGACGAAAGCUGGCAUGAACAGUAUGAGUUAGAAAGACAACAAACCAAUGAAACAAAUUAUACAACUCAUAGUCCUAGUGGAAAAGCAGAGUGAAAGGAAAACCAAACAUCGACAACAACGACAAUGCCGAUGACGUCAUCAUCAAGAGACGUUAAAGGUUGAGCUGAUGUUACAUUAUUUAUUAAAAAAUACGAUCCCAUAUUUUUUAUAAAGAUGCGAACAGAAUAACUGAUAAAAAAGUACUUAAAAUCGCUGAAAACCGUGUUACUUGUUAUGUCAUAUUUCAAUGUGGGGUAGUCGGUAAAUUUGAGGGACAUUGUAAUGUUGACCAAAGAUUUAAGAAGUAGCUUGAAGAAAUCAGAAAGGUUUUGUAGACAGUUUUUGUUAUGGUAUGGUACCAGAUGGUUGAUUAUUGAAAAUACAGAAACAUUUUUGUUCUUCCAAAUUUGAUACCACCUGUCAGUAAUGUCAAGGCAAUCAGCUUAUUAGGGGAUUCAAAGAAAAAUAAUCAAGCU